UUUGAACUAUUUUUUUUUUUGACAAAGGGCUUUUUCAGUGGUUUGAACUAUUACUUAUAAGUUAUAACUUAUGGAUGAUCGUUUAACUUUCUGUCCUUACAUAUUUAUUCAUAUUUUUUUAAUAAAUAAAUUUAUAGUUUUUGGGUUUUAGGAACCAAAUAGAACUGGGUCGGACCUUAUAACAGUAUCCAGAUUGCAACAAUUGAACAUUUUUUUCCAGUCUUUGUUUCUAUAUUGAAAAAAAGAGUUUCUUUAUACUAGAAAUACUACAAGUCUAAACGAUAUAGGACAAAAAUGCGAAUGAAAAUAUUUGAAUUCUUCUUCAUCUUUAAGAAAUUAUGCUAUUUAUAAAGAACGUUUUUACAUGAUUACUUCUUAUUUUUUGAAUUUAUAGAAUUAUAUAACAAAAACUGUUCUUAUAAAAUUUGAGAAUGAACAAUAAAUAACAUAUAUGUCUUUAGAGAUGUGUUAUUGUGUUUGUUAGAAAGAGUGCAUGCCGUUUUGUAAAUAAAAGAGAACAUAUAAUUACGGAUUUCGGUAAUUAAACUAGUAAUAGUCCGAAUACUCUUAAAUUAGUCCAACUUAUUGGGUCGUCUGCUUCAAGCCCAUGGGCUUAUGUAAGCUCUUUCUUUCUUUCUUUAUUUAAAGUCGAAGACUAUAACUCAUCAAAGUCAAACCCUUGUCGAAAAAGGAAACGAAGAACCAAAUUACAGAAAUAUUGACCUACAAAAGCGAUCGAAACACCCUCGAAAAGUUCAAAAUCUCAUAUAAAUAAAUAUGUUGAUGAUCAAAGGUCGUUUUGAAGUUUUCAGUUCGAUUUUUACAUUAAUAAUGUUUUGAUGAUGAUUUCACUUGCCUUGUUGUUGCACACUUUGCUCUCUGUUUUUCAAUUCUAAGAAAUUUCCUUUUCAGCUUCUAUUUGUUAUCCACACUUUGACUAAUCACAUUAGGAUUAGGAAACCAAAAAAAAAUCUGAAGUCUCCUGAAAAAAAGAGAGUUUCCAAACACUCUGAGGAAUAGUUUUUUUUUUUGUUGAGUAUUAAUAAACCAAUCAAUAAAUAGCUUCUCGAGUUUCGAAGAUUUUUUGUUUUAUUUUGUUUCGUUCUGGUGUGCACUAGUUACGUAAUCAAGCGUCUGGAAGAGGAGGAGACGAUGAUGCACUACCUAAUUCCAGAACCAAAAACAAAAGAGAUUGUGUUCGAGAAAGUGUUGUCAUGUGAUGGUCCAACAACUCUACAAGAAGUCAAAAACUUAAGCUCCAAGCGUAAAGCAGUUGAGGAAUCUGUUAACAGAAGCAGCAACGUCACUGAUGCUAUUGCAAGAGAGAUGAACAGAGGAAUUACUUCAUGUGAGCAGGAUCUCCUUAAACUUGGAGAAUACCUUCCCUUACUCUUCAACUUAGUGCAUCACGCUGAUAAGAUUAAACACGUUUCUGGUCUUAAGAUAAGAUGGAGUAGUGGUUUGAUCUCUCAGACCUUGAUUCAGCGUAAGUGUCCGAAGUUCUUUCAAGUCGAUAACAUAAUGUUCGAGCUUGGAAUGGUUCUUUACUUCUACGCACUUAAGCUUCGUGAAAGAGCCAUGGAGUUAGUAUCCACAGAUGUCAAGAAAUCAAUAACACUUUACCGAGAAGCAUCUGGAGUUUUCCAUCAUCUUUCUCAUGAUCUACUUCCUUCAUUGCUACCUUCUUUGCCUCAAGGGAAGCUUCCAGAACUAACUCCUUGGCUUUGCACUUCUUUAAGUCUCCUCUGUUUAGCUGAAGGUCAGGCUGUAACUACAAAGAACGCUGAAGAAAGUGGUAGAAGCGCAAGCCUGUUGUCGAAACUGCAUUAUGGUACUACACAAAUGCUUUCUGAAGCCUCUGCCCUUUUGUCAUCUAGAGCUAAUGGAGAGUGUAAAGACCUAUCGUCUCGCUUCCUAGAAUAUGUAUCAACAAUGAGAGCUUUACACGAGCUAAAGAGCCAAAAACACUUAGCGGAAGUGCUUGAAUCCGAAGAGAGAGUAGGUGAAGCAGUUGGUGUUCUCCGGCGUGCAUCAGCAGCGGCUAGGAGGAGUAUGCCGUCAAAAGAAGACAAGUGGAUAACAAUAUUCAAGAACGAGAGAGAGGAAGUAAGCAAAAAAAUGGCAAAGUAUGAGAAGCUUAACGAUUUCCUUUUAGAGAGGAUUCCAGUAGAGACAGAGUUGCCUUUUCCUAAAGGUGAAACGAUUGUUAAACUCAUUCCUUACAUUCCCACAAGAUGGGAACAAGAGCUUCGGUUCAAGUAGAAGGUUCAUCAACUAUACUCUCUCUCCUUUUAGGCUGGGAUAACUGUGUGCAGUAUCUUACUAUUUUUUGUUUGGUCUUCUGAGGUAUGAAGAACAAAUUAAGCUGUGUAAUAGACCAAUCCCUUAUAUACUUUGAUCAAUUAGUAGAAAAAAUUUCUGAUUGUCAAACUUUCUAUAGACGUUUAUGAGUAAUGAUCAUUGAGAGAGUAAUUGGGCAUCUGACUUUGGACACUAAAGAUAGAUUUAGCAUAAAGUCAGACUAGCCCAUCAAGCCCAACAAAAAUUUGGAGAAAAGGUUGAAAAUUAUUCUUGUUGGAAGAUCUUCUUCUUGCUGGAGAUCAGAACUCAAAAGUCAGGAACCAAGACCAUAUAAAUAAUAACGUUACUGUUAUCUUAAGGUGAUGAGUAUGAGUGAGUGUAUGACCUUCAAAUAACAUACAGAUUGUCCGAAGGCUCUGAACUAUACAUCUAAAAAUGACUUAUUUAAUUAUAAAUAUGACGAUGACAACAUAUCUUUCUAUAUUAUCUCAUUAUAUUCAAACAAUUUCAAAAAUAAUUUUCCAUGUUUCUACUAGUCAGGACAGGAAGAAUAAUCUUCGAAAGGCUUCAUAUUACAUAGUCAAAGAUAAAUUUCACAAUGUCAACCAUUUUGUUGAGGAUUAAAACAAGAUUAGUUUCACAAUGUCAACCAUUUUGCUAAGGAUUAAAACAAAAUUAAUUUCACUAUGUCAAUUGCUAGCUAAGGAUUAAGACAAGAUAAGCACGUACUUAUUGUAUACAAAAGAUGAUAAAGUUAAGGUCCUGUAUAAAUUUGUACUCUUCCUACAAGUUUAGGAUAACGACUUAAAUUAGGUCAAUUCGAAUAUUCCAUAUAUUUGAUUUUUAAAAUGUUUGGACAUAGACCAAUAAAAGCACUGGAGUUUGUUGAUUGAUUAGUUAGCUAUCUGUAUUUUCCCUUGUUUCAGUGAUAACUACUGUUAUUUAAAUAAGUAUCAAGAGCCAUUUUGUCCUUUAACUUGUGGAAAGGUCGCAUUAACUCAUGCGUAAAGCUUAGCCAUCCUUCAUUAUUGUUUCUAAACUGAUAUCUAAUGAAAUCAUAAUCCGAUUCCUGGUCAUUUGGAUCUGUCGUCAAUACUCUAUAUAUAUAUAUAUAUAUAUAUAUAUAUAUAUAUAUAUAAGUUCUUAUCUAAUUUGUUUGUUUAUUCUGCACAUGGAAUUUCUAGCCAGGUUGAUCCGAUCUUGAAAACGAAACCAUAUUAUUGACAUUCUGCAUGAAUUAAAAAAAUACCUGCAUUCAAAAUGGAAAUAUAUAAAUAUUUCAUGUAAAUUCAAACAAAUCCAAAUAUAAACGUAAGGAAAAAAGCAUAGAGCAUAAAAAGAGAAUACUGUUUUUAGUAGAUAUUUAUUAAAAAGUUAUAUUGUUACACUUUAUAUAUUUUUCGGAUCAAUAAUCUGAUACAUAAGUUUUUUAGAAGGCCACAUGGCACCGGUACGGCUGAUAAACAAUUUAUUAAAAGAAUCUUUAGAUUAAUUCAAGAUUCUGAGAGAUACUUUCCAAAUAGGCAAAUAUAUUAAGUGACCUAACCAUAUCUAUUCAAUGAAUAAAAGUCUUCGCCCAACCAGAAGCAGAGAAUAUACUCUAAGACAAGGACAUUGUAGCUAUCGUGCAUAUUUGUAAUAAUAUUCAACAACGUGAGAAUCAAAUUUUCAAAAAAUUAAAAAUAGUUUAAAAUUAUAGUUAUAGUAAGUUAUACAUUUCGGGUCCGAGCAUAUUCGUCCCUUGAAUGCAACCAAGUCAAUAAGGUCCGGGUCUUUUUUUGUUAUCAUAAUAAAAUCAAUUUUGUUGUCAUGUGGUUGUGUGGUUGUGUGCAUCUUUAUAUAAUAUGGUCGACAAAAACUUAGUAUAUCCUGUUAAGAUCCCUUUGCUCUCGACUCUGCCGCCAUGUUCAUACUAGCUGUAUACAUACAUUUGUUAUACAUAUAUACUAUACAAAAUAUUAAUUAGUGCCGUAAAUUUUGCGUUAACGAAAACAAGCAGCAGCCACAAUAAUAUUUAACAGAAACAUGGCCAUUAACACGCCAUACUGAAAUUUUGGUAAUAACAACAACACAACAAAACAAAUCCCUGCAAUUUCGAUUCCACAUAUUUAUCAAACUGUGUAAAGUUUAAUGGAAAUAAAAAUAUAACAAGUCAACAAAAUUGGAAAAAGAAACGAACAAGAAAGAUUCAAAUCAACUAGAAAGUUAAAAUGGCACUAUUC